AUGGACGGCCGGCCACGCCAGCCCCCGGGCGCGGCAGGCCCCCCCCCUGGCGAUUCAUCCACCCCUCCCGCCGAUCAGCCCCCGGGGGAUUCAGGCGCCGGCGCGCAGGUCGACUUCAACGACCUGUUUUCCCUACGCCGGCCCAGGGACGCGAGGGCGGGAUUCGCCAGUGGGCUGAAGUCGAUCGCCAAGGGGCUGGUUGGCGGCACGGCCAGCCUGGUCGCUGCGCCGGUGGUCUACUCCCAGCAGGAGGGCUGGAAGGGGCUGGGCAAGGGAUUGGCCGUCGGCGUGGCCACGGCCGUCGUCCUGCCCGUGACCGGCGCGGUGGUGGGCACGACCCAGAUGCUGCGCGGGCUGGUGAACACGCCGGAGGCGAUCUACGAGGCGGCGGUGAACGGGCGGUACUGGGACAACGUGAAGCGGGAGUGGGUUGACGAGCCGCCGAUGCCACUGGUGGAGCAGGCGCAGCCGGCGGGGGGCGGCGGGGGGCGGGGGCCACCAGUUGAGGGAGGCUACUAUGAGAUGCUGAACGUGCCAACCAACGCCACCCAGGAGGAGAUCAAGCGCCAGUACUACCUCCUGGCACGCCAGUUGCACCCAGACAAGAACCCCGAUGACCCUCAAGCCAAGGAGAGGUUCCAGAAGCUGGGAGAGGCGUACCAAGUUCUGGCAGACCCCGUGCUGAGGGCCAACUAUGACCAGAAUGGGGCUGACUCACUGAAUGUCAACUUCAUGGAUGGGUCCGAGUUCUUUGGUAUGCUGUUCGGAUGCGAGCAGUUUGAGUACUUGGUGGGGGAGCUCUAUAUCGCUGCCACUGCCAGGAUCUCUGUGGACGUGUUUGAUAAGUCAAUGGAGAGGGUCCAAUACGAACGGGUUGAGAAGUUGGUGACGAACCUCAGAGCCAUCUUGGAGCGCUACGUCCAAGGGGACAAGGAAGGCUUCAUUCUAGCGCAGAAGGAGGAGGCCACCAGGCUAUCCAAGGUGUCAUUCGGUGACACCAUGCUGUACACGAUCGGGAAGGUGUAUGAGCACCAGGCAGACAUCUAUCUUGGCGACGUCUUCCAGAGCACCUUUGCCAGGAUGAAGCAAAAGGGGGACACAAUUAGGUCAUAUAUCGGGGCAGCUGUGAGUGGUGUGAAAGCGUACAAAGCGCAGAAGCGUCUUGAAAAGUGGGAUGAAAGCCACCAGGGCGAAGAAGCCUCAUCCCCAAUGGCGACCCCAGCUGAGGGCAGUGAUGGCGCCAUUCCUGAUGGGCCACCCCCCGAGACAACAGGCGAACAGCAGGAGUCUGUGGCGCCAGAGGGGCAGACUGACCCGCAAAAGGCAUACGAAGAGAUGAUGGCAAGGCACCAGAUGGAGGAGGAUGCGAUGCCGGUGGUGCUCGAGGCGAUGUGGGCGGCCAACGUCAUUGAUAUUCAGAACACCAUAAGAAGGGUGUGCAAACGCUUGCUGAACGACGGCACCAGCAAAGAGCAGAAGGCCCUCAGCAGGGUGAGGGCUGAGGGCCUAAAGGAACUGGGCAAGAUUUUCGUGGAAUAUGGAAGCCAGGGAACCGGAACGGGGGUGGAGAACACGGAGGGGGCAAAGAAGACAAUGGAGGACGCGAUGAUGCGGGUUGUGGAGAAGCGCCAUGCCCAGGACGACGCAAUGCACAAAGCGGAGACAUGA